GGGGCCGCCCGGGCAGCGGGACAAGCGCCCUCCCGGUGGCAUCCCCCGCGGCCGGGGCUCGGCCAGCCCUGCCCAGGCGCCGCGACCCGACGGGGCAGCGCUGCCGGGGACCGGCCCCGGCCGCAGGGGCCGGCGGGGAGGGCCGGGCGGCGGCGCGGCUGGAUGCCCGCCCGCCGCCGGGUGGAAACGGGCGGGGAAAAGUUUCUGCCGUCGUCGGGCCGUCCCUCCCUCCUUGCCCGCGCACAGUCACACACACACACACACACUCGCACACCUCUGCCUCCUUCGCCGGCGGCCGAGGGGCACUUUUGAGAAUUAUUUUCUCUGCGCACCCAGCCCGACCUGACACUGUUCCUGCAGGAGGGCGGGCGGGAGGCAGCCGCCGCCGCCGCCGCCAGACGGUCGCACCCGCCGGCCCCGCGCCCAUUUAUCUCAGACUAAAGCCUCUACAGAUCAAGAAUGUUGAUUCUUCUGGCUUUCAUUAUUGUGUUUCACAUAACCUCAGCAGCACUGCUUUUCAUCUCAACUAUUGACAAUGCCUGGUGGGUAGGAGAUAAUUUUUCUACAGAUGUCUGGAGAAUGUGUGAAAGGAAUACCAGCGUCUGUAUGGCGAUUACUGAUCGAUUCAGAGAGUAUCAAUCAAUUCAGGCUGUUCAGGCCACCAUGAUCCUAUCUACUAUUUUCUGUUGUGUGUCAUUUCUGGUUUUCAUUCUCCAACUCUUCCGUCUAAAGCAAGGAGAAAGAUUUGUGCUAACCUCUAUUAUCCAGCUGCUGUCAUGUCUGUGUGUUAUGAUUGCAGCUUCCAUUUAUACAGAUAGGCACGAAGAACUACACAAGAGCAUUGAAUAUAGCAUUGAAGUUUCUGAAGGCCAAUAUGGCUAUUCCUUCGUCUUAGCCUGGAUCGCGUUUGCCUUUACUCUGAUCAGUGGUGUUAUGUACCUAGUAUUAAGGAAGCGUAAAUAAAUGUCAGCAGCUAGUUAUUUCUGUCACUACAGUACAAAACCAAAUUCCAGUAACCAUUUUGUAUAUAAUCAUUUACAUGGUUUUGUAGUAAAGGUAUUGUUUCUCUAAAAAUGUACUGUGUUCUUGAUACGAAACGGAAUAAAAAAACCCGGCAGGUUUAAUGGAAUGCCUGGCACCUACAGGUCAGGGGGCUGAGCAGGACAGAGCCAAGUUGUUUCUUUUACAUUUUUCAGCAUCAUAAAUGGUUUUCCCUUUACUAGAUGCUAACAGUUUCUUCCUGGCCUCUAGUAGAUUGCAAACAAAGCCUGUGCAAAUUAAUUUGUAGGCAAUAUGCUGACUAUAUUCCUGGUCCAGAUGUAUCCCUUUGGGAUGGGUUAAAUGUAGGGGGAAUAAAAAAUGAGGCCCAGAUCACAGUGAAAAGCAAACAAUUAUAAAAGCCCAAAGCUGUACUCGGUGCGUCUGUUCUGGCAGAGGACUAGUGUUCGGCUAUUUAUAAUGUGCAGUAAGUGUCAUCGGGCUUUUAUUAAAACCACUUGCUUUGCAAAAGUAAACAACUCCUUUUGUACUGCAGCAAAUGAUUCUCUUGAUUCUCUUUCACAUUUAAGUUCAGCAUACAGAGCCUUUGGCGGGAGAAUUUACCAGCAAAUUCACCGCACAACAUGGGACUGGAACAGUCUGGGCAGUCAGAAAUCCCCCACUCAAGUCCUGUAUCCCUUUAGUUUUGCAUUGUGUGUAGCCUUUCUGGAAGGAAGAAAAGGGAAACAAAAAGCAUUACCUUGCCUACAUCUGCAAAUUUCUAAGAAAAUUAGUGAUCAAGCAAUGACAAAUUUAGGUUUUUACAGCCAAAUCCAACAGGUUUAUUACACUGGGCUUUUAUUAUAUAGCAAUUUCAUGGCUAGUAUAUCAUCUGCAAAAGCAUUCCCUGAGUCUGCCCAUUAGGAAAUCGGCCUUUAAAAAAUUAAUUCUAAAUUCCUAUGUGGAUUUUACUUGAACUAAACACUCCUACUAAAUAAAUCAGACUGCAGUUACUAUGCUUAUGAAUUCCAGGGUAGUUUUUCAAGAUAAAAUGACUUGGUGAUUUUUAUUUUUCAAUAAUUUCAAUAAUUUUGUGAGAUAAAUCUGUAGUGCUUACCAGGCUUAACUGCUCAUCAGCGUAAUACUGGCUUUGGCUGGUGGUGAUUUUGGAUUGGGGAGAUCAGUGUGGAGAAUGAAUGAAGUGCCUUUUUCUGGUUAGUUACAGCUUUGAUGCUUAAAUACAGAUUUGACUUUGUAAAAGCACUAGUGACUUAUUUAUUUCAGUAUAUUCACUACAGCUGGCCCAAUACACAGGCAAUAAAAAAGUAAUUAGGUUUUGAAUGAGGUUUUACACUUAAUGUAGAACAAAUUCAUUAUUACAAAGUAGUGUAGCUCUACUAAAGUCGAUACUUACUGCAUUAUACAUCAGCUGAUGGUCUGACCCAUUCCUUCAGAUAAUUCGUCCUUGAUUUGUCACAAAGUAAAAGUUCAGGUGCAUAACUGUAUAGGAACUGUCUCCAACAUGAGUAAUAGGUCAUGGAGUUCCAUCUCCAUUCCUGGAACAUCGUAAAAUGCUUUGGCAUGUACUACUUGUCUUUCGGGAGCAAAGAAAGCCCAACAAGACUGUUAAGAAAUUAGAGAAGUAAGCAGGACAAUGCAUUAAAAUUAAUAAUAAUGGUAAAAAACCCAGAUCAAUCUGAGCAAAAUGCAUUCUUAGCAGUCUAGGAUGAUGCUAGUAUUUUGUCAUUUUCUUUCUCUUAGUGGGAAUGCUCUGAAUUUCAAGAAUUAUUACCCUACUUUUUAAAAUGUUUCUGCAGUUUGCUGAAUACAUUUCAGAUUUAAAACCUGAAUUUUGCUAACAAGCAGAAUUUGUCUUAAAUAAGCAGAUGCAGGUUUAAGGUUGAAAGUAGCUAGACUAUUAGCUAGGCAUUUUGCUAGUUUUAUUCAAACAUGAAAUAGCAAGGGAAAUUCUUAAGCAAAUACGGACUAAAACUAUCUUACAUCUAGAAGACAGUCCUGUAAAAUAUUAAGUUAAGCUGUUAUGCCACUGACUUGAAGAGACGCUUCUUCAGUUUCUUGUCUUGAUGAGGCUCGGGUCAUUUAUAGAGCAAAUUAUUUAAAAUAAAGAUGUAUAUAUACAUGAACACACAGCUUAAUUCCACAGUAAAAGCUCUGUCCCUUUAAUUAAAAGUGAAAAGCAUGCACACCAUGGUGUACAAACAGCAGCGUACGCAUGAUACCACAUAAAGCAGAACAGACGGGAAUGUGCUGCAUACCAAGAAAACAAAUGCUGAAACAUUUUGAACUAGUUUUAACAGGAAAAAUAUAUUUUGGAUAUUCUUUCUACCUGAUAUGCCUUUAAUAUAUCUUUUCCUAUGCUCUAUAUAUUCUGAAACUGUACAUGAAAAUAAAACAAAUUCUUGUACUGUAAUAGCAAGCUCGAUACAUUUUGCAAUCUGACGUUGUCUUUAAGCUUGGGAUAUAUUUACACAAUGUUGGAUGAGAAAUAGUUGAGUAUUUGUGUGAACAGGUAAAAUUAAAUUCUUCCUGCCUGUAGUAGAACCACAAGCUGGUAAUUUUUGUCCUUUGUUGUUGAAGACCUCCCAGGGUAAGCAGAGCAAAUAUUAGUGUAUUGAACAUUUAAGUGUAUGGUGACAAAAGAGUAACUACUGAGUAAUGCAAAAUCCACAGAUGCUCUGAUAAGUAGUUUGCUUAUAAGGGUUUUUCUUUAUCGUUUGCAGCAACAGCUGUGUAUUUAAGAUUAGGUGGAGUGCCUUUACCAUGUGAGUAAAUAAUGUUACAAACAGGCCAGUGACUUCUAUAUCUGCUGCGGUCCAAGCUUCAGGUUUGCAGUGAGAUGAUAACGCAGAUGGAUUUGUACAGAUUGAUCUGAAAAAAAAACCAACUCCCCAGAAACAAUUUCGCAAGCCCCGUAGAACUUCUGCCUUCUAAUCAUAGUGAACAAAAGGAAAAAGUCCAAACUAUUAAAUUAUUCACUAACAGCUGUGAACCUACCUUGCCAUUUUUUACCCAGCAAGCAACAAACUGAAAAGAAGUACAGGAAACAAUCUUGGAAAAGAAAUCUAGAAUAUUUAUGUGAAUGUCUUUUUUCUUUUUAAAAAAAUAGGUAUUUUUUUAAUUUAUUCCAUCCAGGACAAGAAAAAAUGAAGUUCUGCACUACUUUGCUACAAGAUACCUUUUUAAAAAAAUGCAUUGUAGGCGAUAGGAACUGUGCUGCUUAGGCAUGAACUAUCUAAUUACCCCAGCUACAUCAACCAUUCAUUUUACGUGUUUUUUAAUGGCUCCAAAAUAACGUAGGGACUACAGCAGUAUUAUCUUAUCUUCAGCAUUGUGGAAGCUUGUGCCAUUUAGCUAAACAGACAAAACAAAAGAAUCCUUCCUAUAGUUUCUAAAAAGAGGAGUAAGAUGAGCCACUACCUUUCCAAACACUAAAGAGAGCUAAGAUCCCUAAAAUUCACGGUUCAUCAAUGCCGCUGAAAUAAAGAAAAUAACGAAGCUGAAAUGUUAUUAUAUUUUCCAUUUCUUUCAUAUGUGCAAUAAUACCCUCUGAAGUAAUAAGAUGAAAGAAAGUGAAAUGUGGAAGUACAUUAGUUCUAAAAACAAAACUUCAUUUUCAAAGCUGUAGAAGCCUAGAAGCUUACAGAAUUAACGGAAUAAAGUUCGUAACAGACUGUAUCAAGUUGGAAACAUAAGGAAAUGAAUACCGUCUGCUGUACAAAUAAUGCUUUGACUCGGAACUCACUGCAAAUAACAAUAUAGUACUUCAUAGCGGAACAACACUAGACCACUUGUUAAGGUAGUAUGGGUCUCCUAAAGAGUUUUUUAAGGAGUUAUGGAUUGUACAUCACAAAAUGGUCGGUAAUGUGCAUGUAUAUCUUUUCAUUGAAUGACAAAGUAGUACUUCUUUGGGAUGCUAAGCUGUGAUAAACAGCAAGUCAUUGAAAGUGGCAAAGCCCUUAUUUUGCCUGUUUUUUUCCAAUGUGAUGCAGAAUUGUUACUAAGGUUUUCACAGAACAGAUAGAAGUGAUAACUGUGGAAGGAAGCACACUUUGGAUCAGUUUCUGUAAAGGUCCGUGACAGUGCAAUCCCCCUCAGAUUUUGCACAUAAGCCACUUUUAGGAAGGUCUUUGAAUUCUUCAGCAAGCUCUGGACAGAGAGGGAUCCUUGGCAGUAGAGGAAGAUGUGGAAAUUGCUUGAAAGUCUAGGCACCAAGACAAAAACAGCUGUUACUUAAACAACAAACAUAACAAAUAAGCCAGUUACACUGCUGCUAUUCAUACUAACUUAGCUUCAUGGGAUUAUAUAAACUUCUGAAUUGUUACUGUCUCUAUAGUUUCCAAACUAACAGAAGCGUCACAGAUUAACUGAUGUUCAUGUAUUAAUAUUUGGCACGUUGCUGAUAUUUGGUUCCAGUAAGAUUUUCCCUGAAGUAGAAAAUACUCCUUACCCAUUAGUAAUAACAACUUAGAACAACAACUUGUGUGCUAUCCAAAGGAGUGCUGAAGAGGUUACCAUUACAUCUUCAGGGAUAUUUGUUUACUUUGGAUCAUUACUGCACUAACUGAAUUUCUAGAUGUGGGGGGUUUUUUUUGUGUUGGUUUUCUUUUUUUUCUCCCUGUAACGAAUUUAGCCAAAAAGCCACAAACCUGUGCAUGUACUUAAUUGCUUAGUUUUAAAACGGGUGUAUAUUGCACGGAUGAGUAAAAUUCCAGGUGCCUUCAUGAAAUUCAAUUACUAUAAUAAAUUUCAACAGAUAUGAAGCAA